AUGGUUGAUAGCAUCAUAGUGUUGUUUUGUUUGUUCUUUUUACUCUCCUACGUAAGACCCUGCACUUCACUAUACAGUUUAGCUGCGAAUGAAUCUAUUCAAGAUGGUGAGAGUUUAGUUUCAUCAGAUGGAACAUUUGAGGUGGGUUUCUUCAGCCCGGGGAAUUCAACAGGUAGAUAUUUGGGUGUGUGGUAUAGAAAUCUGUCUCCUUUAACGGUUGUGUGGGUGGCGAACCGGGGAAUUCCUCUACAGAAUAAAUUAGGAGUCUUGAAGCUGAAUGAAAAGGGUGUUAUUGUGAUUCUUAAUGGAGCAAACAUCACUGUUUGGUCAUCCAAUAUAUCAAACAAAACAGUGAAUAAUCCAAUUGUGAAGCUCUUGGACUCGGGCAAUCUUGUGUUAAAAAAUGAAGAUACUAAGGAGGACAAAUUUCUGUGGCAAAGUUUUGAUUAUCCAUGUGAUACUUUAUUGCCAGGAAUGAAGCUUGGAUGGAACAAAGUAACUGGUCUAGAGAGGUUUGUGACAUCUUGGAAAAGUGCAGAUGAUCCAGCUAUUGGAGAGUAUUCAACACAUAUUGACAUUAGAGGAUUCCCACAACUAGUUUUUAUGAAGGGAUCUGCGAUAAAAUUUAGAGGGGGCGCAUGGAAUGGCCUUGGUUACACUGGAUAUCCAACUCAACAAUUGAAGAAAAAACAAACAUAUAAAUUUGUAUUUAAUAAAACGGAAGUGUAUUAUCAGUAUGAAGUCAUUGAUAGAUCAAUUGUCUCCAUAUAUACAUUGAACCCUUCAGGCCUUUUGCAGGGUUUGGCUUGGACAAGUCAAACAAGUGGUAGGAAAGUUAUUGUUCCAGGAGGGGUAGACUCGUGCGAUAAUUAUGCUUAUUGUGGUGUAAAUUCUAUAUGCAAUAUGGAUGGUAAUGCUCCAAAAUGUGAAUGCUUGAAAGGGUAUGUUCCCAAGUUCCCUGCACAGUGGAAUAUUUCAUAUUGGUCUAGUGGUUGUGUUCCAAGGAAUGAAUCUAUAUGCAAAAUCAUUAACACAGAUAGCUUCUGGAAGUACACAAAUAUGAAAUUGCCAGACACAUCUUCUUCAUGGUAUGAUAAGACCAGGACCCUUGAGGAAUGUCAGAAGUCAUGUCUGAAAAAAUGUUCAUGUAUAGCAUAUACAAAUUUGGAUAUCCGUAGAGGAAGUGGCUGUCUGCUUUGGUUUGGCGAUCUGGUUGACAUGAGGAAGUUCUCUCAGUGGGGACAAGACCUUUAUAUCAGAGCCCCAGCUUCAGAACUAGAUCAUGUUGCAGUUAAUGGCCACAGAAAUAAGAAACAGGUGAUAGUAGGAAUCACAGUUGGAGCGAUUAUUUUUGGAUUCAUUACCUGUGUCUCCAUAGUAAUAUUUAAAAAACGAGUGGCAGCAAGAGUACAUUGUCAUGUUGCACAAUUUCAACGGCAGCAAGAAUAUUUUAGAUUGAGGAAGGAAGACAUUGAUCUGCCAACAUUUGAUUUGUCAAUCAUUACCAAAGCUACUAAUAGUUUUUCUAACAGAAAUAAACUAGGGGAAGGUGGAUUUGGACCAGUGUAUAAGGGAACAUUGAUAGAUGGGAAAGAGAUAGCCAUAAAACGGCACUCAAAGAUGUCUGAUCAAGGAUUGGAGGAGUUUAAAAAUGAAGUUUUGUUGGUUGCAAAACUUCAGCACCGUAAUCUUGUGAAACUUCUAGGUUGCUGCAUUCAAGGAGAGGAAAAACUGCUGAUCUAUGAAUACAUGCCCAACAAGAGCUUAGACUAUUUCAUCUUUGAUGCAGCUAGAAGCAAGCUCUUGGCCUGGCAUCAACGUUUUCACAUUAUUUGUGGCAUUGCUCGAGGGCUUCUCUAUCUUCACCAAGACUCUAGACUGAGAAUUAUUCAUAGAGAUUUGAAAACCAGCAAUAUUCUACUAGAUGCCCAUAUGAAUCCAAAAAUCUCAGACUUUGGCAUGGCUCGGACUUUUGGGGGUGAUCAAAUAGAAGACAAAACCAAAAAAGUAGUUGGAACAUAUGGUUACAUGCCUCCAGAGUAUGCUGUGCAUGGUCAAUACUCCGUGAAAUCAGAUGUCUUUGGUUUUGGUGUGAUAGUACUAGAGAUAGUUAGUGGCAACAAGAACAGGGGAUUUUCUGAUCCAGACUCUCUUAAUCUACUUGGGCAUGCAUGGAGACUUUGGACUGAAGAUAGACCAAUGGAACUCAUAGAUACACACUUGCGUGAAAGAUGCAUUCCUUCUGAAGUCUUAAGAUGCAUACAUGUUGGUUUGUUGUGUGUACAACAAAAACCAGAUGACAGGCCAGACAUGUCAACUGUCAUUCCUAUGGUGAAUGGUGAGAAAUUAAUGCCCCAGCCCAAGGCUCCUGGAUUUUAUACAGGAAGGAGUUUACCUGAAUCAAUAUCGUCAUCACAAACAUGCAAUCUUUUGUCCCGAAAUGAGAUGUCCCUGACAAUAUUUGAGAUAUGUUUAACUGAUAGUUUCUUGAGCCCUUAUAUCUGGAAAGUGGACUCUUUAGCGGUGAAUCAAUCGAUCCGAGAUGGUGAAACUUUGGUUUCAGCUGGUGGUAUUAUUGAAGCUGGUUUCUUCAGUCCUGGAAGUUCAAAAAAACGGUACUUGGGUAUAUGGUACAAGGAUGUGUCCCCUUUAACAGUGGUGUGGGUGGCUAACCGAGAAACCCCUCUUGAGGAUAAUUCAGGAGUUUUAAAACUCAAGGAAAAAGGGAUUCUUGUGCUUAUGAAUGGUACAAACAGCAAUAUUUGGUCAUCCAAAAUAUCAAGCAAAGCAGGGAAUCAUGCAAAUGCUCAGCUCUUGGAUUCAGGAAAUUUUAUAGUGAAGAACGGACAGAAUAAUUUCUUGUGGCAGAAAAAAUAUUUAUCAUCUUGGAAAAGUACUGAUGAUCCUGCUGAGGGUGAAUUUUCAUAUCAUUUAGAUGGUCAUGGUUUUCCUCAACUUGUUAUCACAAAAGGGUCAACAUUGAUAUACAGAUUAGGCUCAUGGAAUGGUUUUUUCUUCAGCGGGAUUCCUUGGGAAACACUCUACAGUUACUUUAAUUUUUCUUUCGUGUUAACUGAGGAGGAAGUUCAAUUCAAGUAUGAGCCCUUGAAUGAUUCAGAUGUUUCAAGAUACCUGAUCACUCCAACGGGUAGUGUGCAACGUUUUGUGUGGUCAUAUCAGACAGAAACUUGGCAACUUUUCCUGGCUGGCCCUGUGGAUCAGUGUGAAAACUAUGCCUUGUGUGGUGCUAAUUCUGAUUGCAAUGUUAGUAACUCUCCACAAUGUGAGUGCCUCCCAGGUUUCACACCCAAAUCUCCAGAAAAAUGGAAUUUGUUAAAUUGGAGUGAUGGAUGUGUUCGGAAGGUGAACUUGGAUUGUGAUAAUAGAGAUGGAUUUCGUAAACUUACAGGAAUGAAGUUACCAGACACAUCUUCCUCGUGGUUUGAUAAGAACAUGAAUCUUCAGGAAUGUGAGAAUCAGUGCUUGAAAAACUGCAGUUGCAUAGCAUAUGCAGCUUUAGAUAUCAGAGAUGGUGGAAGUGGCUGCAUGAUUUGGUUUGAUAAAAUAAUAGACAUGAGGCAAGAAAGUUCUGUUGGACAAGAGAUUUACAUAAAAAUGGCUGCUUCUGAAUUAGGUCACUCAUCAAAUAACACAAACAAGAAAAAGUUAGCUGGGAUUCUGGUAGGAAUUGGGAUACUUGUGUUGGUCAUCGCAGUAGUUGGAUAUGCCAUCUAUCGCAGAAGAAAGAAACUUAAGAAGUCAGGUAAGCAAGAAAUAAUUAGCAUGGAGGAUCAUAGUGAGAAAUAUGGGAAUGAAAGCAUGGACUUGACUACAUUUGAUUUUUCAACUAUAGCUAAUGCCACAGAUCACUUCUCCCUCAGUAACUUACUGGGAGAAGGUGGAUAUGGACCAGUUUACAAGGGUACACUAGCCAAUGGGAAAGAAAUUGCUGUCAAGCGUCUUUCCUUGAAAUCUGUACAAGGACCACAGGAAUUCAAAAAUGAAAUCCUGUUGAUUGCCAAUCUUCAGCAUCGAAAUCUUGUGAAACUACUAGGUUGUUGCAUUCAGAAUGAUGAGAGAAUCCUAAUAUAUGAAUACAUGCCUAACAGAAGUUUGGACAAGUUUAUUUUUGAUAAAACUAGAAGCAAAGUGUUGGACUGGAAUAAACGUUUAUAUAUUAUAAGUGGGAUUGCUAGAGGACUUGUUUAUCUUCAUCAAGAUUCGAGACUGAGGAUCAUCCACAGAGAUUUAAAAACCAGCAACAUUCUUCUUGACAAUGAUAUGAACCCAAAAAUAUCAGACUUUGGAUUGGCUAGGGCCUUCGGUGGUGAUCAUGCUGCGGCCAAUACAAUAAGAGUAGUGGGAACCCAUGGUUACAUGCCCCCUGAGUAUGCAGUGUAUGGAUCCUUUUCAGUGAAGUCUGAUGUCUUUAGCUUCGGUGUUAUAGUAUUGGAGAUGGUUAGUGGGAUGAAGAAUAGAGAAUUUUCUGAUCCACAACACAAUCUUAAUCUUCUUGGACAUGCAUGGAGACUGUGGAGUGAGGAUAAACCAUUGGAGCUGAUAAAUGACUCCCUUAGUGAUUCUGUUAUUGAAGAUGAGGCAUUAAGAUGCAUUCACAUAGGACUCUUGUGUGUGCAAGAGAGACCAGAUGAUAGGCCAGACAUGUCAUCUGUUGUUCUAAUGUUGAAUGGUGAGAGAGCAUUGCCUAAUCCACGACAACCCGGGUUUUAUCCACAUGAAGUUUCAUCAAGCAAACAAGAACUAUCUUCGACCAAUGAAAUUUCCAUUUCAUUGUUACAGCCAAGAUAGAAAAAAUAUGCUCUUGCUCAUAUGGGGUGAGCUUCAAAUAUUUGUCACCAGACAGACAA